GAAAAAAAAAUUAUAUACAAUUAAUUAGCAAUAGUUUCAGAUUGCAAUUCAAAUGUUUUGAUAUUUAUUUGAAUCAAUCAUUUGGAUAAUACUAGGUAAUCUUAUACAAUCUCUUUUUUUGAAUUUGAACGAUUGAAUUAUCCAAUGCUUGUGUUCGUUGGAGAUUAUUUUAGUGAUAAACUUUCCCUUUAACAUGUCACCACGUGGUCUCGACCAUGCGCAACUGAAACGAAAGGAGCACCUUUGAUCGUUGCCUUAGCAACGUGGUAGGAUGUUUGAUCGGUAAAGGAAUCACACGUUUACACUAACGAACAAAUAGCGUCCUUAUGAGAUAGUUUAUCAAGAUCUGAAUCAUGCCAGUAUUACUUAAAAACCAUAGUUGGAAUCAGGAUUCAGACCACAUUACGAUCCGGGUGCCAUUUCCGGAAAACCGCUUAAGAGAAGACGAUGUUUUCACCAGUGCACAAUUGUUAAAAAUCAAUAAGCCGCCCUACUACUGGGAAGCGUUACUAUUUUUGCCGAUUGUAGAAGAGGACAGCCGCUGUUCUUUGCUUGAAAAUGAAGUCGUUUUCAUCCUCAAGAAACAGAAAACAGGUCUAGACUGGGGCCAACUGGAGAUCGAGGCAACCAAACAAGAAAAGAUUAGCCGCAAAGAGCAACUCCUGGAAGAGCAUCGCAAGCGGCAAAAGGAACUGGCGAAGCAACGUGCCAUCGAAAAAGAUCAGAAAAAGCGAGAUGAAGUGUCUAGGCAAAUCGAACGGGACAGCGAGAAACGGGCUGAGGUCGAACGGAUUCUGGAGGAAAGCAAACGUCGAGAGUUGGAGCGAAUGAACGAAGCUGGCAAAAAGGCGCUUCAGAGAGCAUUCGAAAAACCAAAGGCACAAGUACAAGAACCGCCGGCCAAGCCAAAAAUAACAAAACCUGUCCCAACUUCAAAACUCAUUGAAAAAAUACCUGAUGUUCGAUCAAACGGAACGGUUCAGGUUACUUUCACCAAAAGGACUUUCGUAACGCCCAAACGCGAAUCAAUGGAACACGAGGAGAAGGAGUGGAUCAUGAAGCAGUCGGCCGUUAAGAAAGCGGUCGGUUGUGUGGAAGAUGACGAUCUGAGACCGGAAGAACGCAAUCCGGAGUGGUUGAAACAGAAAGGAGACUCAUUCUUCCAACAGAAAAACUAUCUGGCAGCGAUCUCAGCUUAUUCUACCGGUAUCAAGCUGACCAAAGAAUACUACUCACUCUAUUUGAAUCGAUCAGCCGCACACUUGGCAAUGGAAAAUUAUCAACGCUGUGCAGAAGACUGCUCCGCAGCCCUGGAGUUGCUAGUGCCACCAAUAGAAGCAAACCGGAAAGCACGCACCACCUGCUUAGCACGUCGAGGUGCGGCCUUAGUCAAAAUGGGCUACAUUCGACAGGGCUUCGAAGAGCUAUCAGCAGCCUGCAAGUUGGAUCCGUUGAACGAAAAUCUUCGACGAGAGAUGGAUAUGGUUGCAGAACUGUUAGAAAAUAAUGACGAAGACAACGAUGACUAAACAUAAUUCUCAUUUUUAUUACGCUUUCUUUUGAAAAAGCGUCUUAGUACAGAGUUUAGUUUUCUUUUUCAACCAACAAAUAAUAAAACUAGCA